AUGAGCCAGCUUCAACGACGCGUCGGAAAGGCAAACUUCCUCCAGAUCCAUGUCAGUUACGUGCCUCUGAUUGGCUCGGAGCAAAAGACCAAGCCUACCCAACGCGCCAUCAGCGAUGUUCGCAGCGGUGGCCUCAGACCCGAUCUGAUCGCGUGCCGUUGUGAAACCCCACUGGAGGAAUCGACGACCCGCAAGAUCGCCAAUACCUGCCAAGUGGAACGGGACCAGGUAGUUGGCGUGCACAACGUGUCGACAACUUACCAGGUGCCCAUCCUCCUGGAAACACAAGGAUUUUUGAACACGCUCAAGGAUCUCCUUGAGAUCAACACCAUUCACAUUGACGGCAAAUACAUGGAGCAGGGCAAGAUCAUGUGGCAGAAAUGGCACGGUCUCGCCAUGAGCCAAGACCACGUAUUUGACACAGUCUCAAUUGUGUUGGUUGGUAAGUAUACGAGUCUACACGACUCGUAUCUGAGUGUAACAAAGGCACUGGAGCACGCCUCCAUGCAUUGCCAGAAGAAACUCAAUCUGGUCUGGGUAGAGUCAUCCCACCUGGAGGAGGACCACCAGCAAGAAAACCCCGCCGAAUACUACAAGGCUUGGCACGCUGUUUCCACAGCGGACGGCAUUCUCAUCCCAGGUGGUUUCGGUCAGCGCGGUACCGAGGGCAUGAUCAAGUGUGCCGAAUGGGCCCGUACAAAGAACGUCCCCUUCCUUGGCAUUUGCCUUGGGUUGCAGGUAGCUGUGAUCGAAUACGCUCGCAACAUCUGCAAUAUGAAACAAGCGGACAGCGCAGAGUUCAAUGAAGAAUCUGAGCAGCCUGCCAUCGUCUACAUGCCGGAAAUUGACAAAUCCAAGAUGGGGGGUACAAUGCGGCUGGGUAAGCGGCCGACGCUGUUCCAAGAUGGUACAGAGUGGUCCAAGUUCCGCAAGCUGUACGGCAACAAGCAAGAGAUCUGGGAGCGCCAUCGUCACCGCUACGAGGUGAACCCGGAUCUGGUGGAUCAACUGGAGAGCGCCGGUCUCUCGUUCAUUGGAAAAGACGAGAGCGGCAAGCGAAUGGAAGUGAUCGAGCUCAAGGACCACCGAUGGUAUGUCGGUGUUCAAUUCCACCCGGAAUACCUGAGCCGUGUUAUUACGCCCAGCAAGAGCUUCCUCGGAUUCUUCGCGGCGGCUGCGGGAUGUCUUGAUGAGAUCACCGAGACCUUCCAGGGAGCCCACGACCUCAGCCAUCUGGAGGUCCGACCCAAAGUGAAUUCGGUUUAG